GACGGUUCGCCCAGGCCAGCCCGUUUGUCCCACAACACACACGUCAGCGGUGGUACAGCGGCCAGCCUUUUUCGGAUUGUGUUGUCCCCCUCCUCCGUGCCGUAGCAACGAGAUCUUCGGCUCGUAGGAAUUGAUAUAGCGACGCCUCCUGCCAUCAGGAUACGAGAUGAAUAAACUCCUGGUAAUAGCCACCCUAUCAAUGGUGGCGUGCGUCGCGUCGGGCGACAUGAUGCGCAAGAGCAUCGUGUUCGACGCCAGCACGCCCAAGGUGUUCUACUGUCCGCAAGAGAAGCCUCGCGCCCUGGACAAGAUGAUCGUCAAGGCGAGGCCCGUCGAGAAGCUGUGCGAGUUCGAGGGCAAGGGCCUGCCCAAGGGAUACAAGUCGGACUGCUACAACGACGUCGACGAGUCAGAGUACGCGUGCGCCGAGAAGCAGCGCAUCCUGUUGCGGAUCAACCCUCCCAACGACACGGACACCACCACCACGGAGGCCGCUACCACGGCUAAGCCUUCCAAGAAGAGCAAGUCCUUCAAGGUGCCCAAGAACUGAGCGACCCCCCCCCCCCCCCCCCCCGAAACCCGGAUGCCGUAUAACGGAACCGGAAGAACGCUUCAAUGGCAGCUAUUUUCAACAUUCUGACAGCGUUUUCGCUAUACGGGCUGUUUUCGGCGCUGUGGUUGCUGAAAAUAACCAAUUUGUUCUCUCUUUUUUGUUAUUUUUAUACAUUACGGUCGGCGCGCUGGUUCACGAGCAGUUCGUUUUCAGUAAAAGGUUUAGGUGACAGCGCUGUGCAGCAGACAACUAGUAUAAUCAAUUAUCACUGCCACUCACUGUAAGAAUAUGGGGGUUCUUUCCCUACUAUAAUACCAACAUAUUUUCCAGUUCAGCAAAAUGAGCAUCAUUUCAAAAGUUUGUUGUGCACUUUUUUUUAAAUAAACGUACCUACAGUGAGAUAGGAGAACCAAGCGAACUCGUUACAAUUUCCAAUCGAACUAAGUGUGUCACAUUGCGGAUGUUUACCAGGCUGCGCAGGCUGGAUAUACAAAACUGUGUCCAAGACCACAUUACGACCGCGGUUCGUAAUAAAAUAGCUAUUUUUCAAUAAAGAGUCCUUUCUUUUUGUAAA